AUGUAGAGCACUCAAAGAAGAAUACCCAUAAACAUUGUCGUGAUUUUCCUUCUUGUACAUUCUUGUCGUUCUCCUGUAUCAAUCAUUGCAAACACCGUGAGCGUAUGAGCACCAUCCGACCACUGAGACAUCUGCUCUCAAUAUCCAAACCCUUCCAGAUAUCAUCAAGACGCACCUUCACCAGCACCAACAUCUCCUGGUCACCCUCCAAGGCUUCAGAAUCAAUCAGGCUCACCUCAAAUAACAUGGCGACUACAGACCCCUCACUGCCCGCCUCAGCCCCCACACCAACAACGCCCUCAGAGCCAAGCCUCCCCAAACUCAGCCAACAUGACUUCCGUGUUUACAACCGUAUGGCUGAGCACAUGGACUACUUCCACAAUCACUUCCGGGAGACCUGGAACAUGCUGUAUGGCACGUGUGAGAGCGGGAAGAGGAGUAAGGGAAUGAGCAUCAGACAAUUCAUCGCGGCGGGGCAGCAAUUUUGUUCGCAACUAGAAAUGCACCACGGGAUAGAAGAGAGGCACAUCUUCCCCGUCCUCGCCAAGAAGAUGCCCGCCUUCAAAAAAGAACUCGAGCUUCUCACCCAGCACAAGCAGAUCCACAAGGGCCUCGACAAGCUAACCAAGUACAUGAGUGAGUGCAGUAGCGGCGAACGCGAGCUCAGACUGCCAGAGCUGAAGGAGAUUCUGGACGGCUUUGGCAAGGUGCUGUGGCAGCAUUUGGAUGAUGAGGUGAAAGAGUUGGGCGCGGAGAAUAUGAGGAAGUACUGGAGUAAGGAGGAGAUGGUUAGGAUGCCGAUGUGAGCUAUGGGAUUGGUACGGCGAGAAACAUAUGACUACAUAGCUUUAUUUACAAGCAAUAUCGCAUUCUUGUUUCUUUGCUC